AUGAACACAUCCUUAAUCUUUGAGCAUGAUUCUGUGCCGGUGGGAAUUGACAGCUGCACGUCUGCAACUGUGUGUGGGGCACGACCGAUGUUCAUUGGAGAACUGGAACCGGUGCUUGGUCUUAAGCUUGAAGGCGCAACAAAUACAAGCAUUCCAAUUGUCGGACGCGGCACACUACUGCUCACAUUUGUUGACGAUGCAGGACAGACACACCAACAUAAAGUCCACAAUGCAUACUAUGCCCCUCGCCUCAAAUUGACCCUGCUCAGCCCUCGACAAUGGUCAAACCAAGGACCGAAGAAAGGACGAUCCGCAGACCCAGUUCGCACUACUGUCCUUUGUGGAGACAAGGUCAAACUUCACUUUGAAAAGGACUGUAUCAAAACUAUCGACUAUGAUGCACAGCUUCAGAUCCCUCUCUUGAUGACAAAACCCGGCUACAAGUCUUUCUCUACACAUCUGUGCUCUCAACACCUUACAGCUCGAGAGGCACGGAUCCGCCCCACUGCACUGACUAUUGGAAAUGUGGAACUACCUGCAGGAUCAGUCCUGCGACACCAAGAAGAUCGGGAACUAAUAAAAUCUGAUGUCUUUUAA